UAUAUUCGGCGAAUACUUAAGCAUCUGUCAGAUUUUAUUUUGUUACUCAGUGUUGCUCACUACAAGUUCAUUGAAAAUGAUACAAAAAACAAUAUUUUUUUACAUCAUUAUUUUAUUCUUUGGUUAUUCAUUGUCAGCACGAAAAAUUGUUAAUCAUGUUUCUAAAUUACAAAAUCAAGGAAAAAUUCUUCAACAGAAAAAUUUAACUUUUGACGUGCAACCAAAUACUAGUCAUGAUAAAUAUAAUUCCUCUGAUUCUAAUGAUGGUAAUAAGCGUCAUCAUCACCAUCAUAAACAAUAUGGUGAAGAAAGUAAUGAGGACUACAAAAGUCAAGGUAAACACAAUCAAGCUCAUAAAAAGCAUAAAUAUGAUAGUGAUGAUGAUGAGAAAAAUGAUAAUAUUUAUGAAGAGCAUUAUCAUAAGGAGGGAGAAGGUGGUGAAAAUGGUCACAUUGGUGGUAAAUAUAGUGAAAGAGAAGGUCAUAAAAAAGGUCACAAGACCAAGGCGUACAAUAAUAAAUUCCAUAGGGAUGAAUUUUACAAGCAACGUAAAAUUUAUGAUGACGGUUAUAGUGAAGAAAAUCAUGGCAAAAGUGAAGAUAAUCAUAGUCAACGUGAAAAAAAGAAGAAAAAUUUAAAGAAGAAUGAUAAACAAGAGUAUGAGAAAAAGAAUCAUUCUCAUAAUAAUGAGGAAGAUCAACAUGGUGUGAAAGUAAAAAAAAAUCGUAAUCAACAAAAUCAUGUGAUUAAUUUUAAUAUUGGACAUAUUCAAGAUAAGGAAAGCCAACAACAAAAUCGUGUAAGUGACUUUAAUGAUAGUCAUCUUCAACAUAAGGGAAGCAAUCAUCAAAAUCGUGGGAAUGUUUUUAAUAACAAUCAUCAUCAAAAUAUAGAAAGCAAUCAACAAAAUCGUCUGAAUGACCCAAAUAAAGGAAAUCUUCAAAAUGAAGGAAGCAAUCAACAAAAUCGUGUGUAUUACUUUAAUAACGGACAUUUUCAAAAUGUAGGAAACAAUCAACAAAAUCGUGUAAAUAACCCAAAUAAAGGACAUCUUCAUAAUGUAGGAAGCAAUCAACAAAAUCGUAUCAAUUUUUUUAAUAACGGUAAUAUUCAAAACGAAAGAACCAAUCAAGAAAAUCGUUUAAAUGACCUAAAUAAAAAACACCUUCAAAUUGAAGGAAACAAUCAACAAAAUCGUAUUUAUAACUUUAAUAACGAAAAUUUUCAAAAUAUAAGAAAUAAUCAACAAAAUCGUGAGAAUAAUUUCAAUAAUGGAAAUCUUCAAAAUCUAAGAAGCAAUCAACAAAGUCGUGAGAAUAAUUUUAAUAAUGGUCAUCUUCAAAAUCUUGGAAGCAAUCAACAAAAUCGUGUAAUACACUUUAAUAUUGGACAUGUUCAAAAUAAAGGAAACAAUCAACAAAAUCAUGUGAAUGACUUUAAUAACGUACAUUUUCAAAAUCAAGGAAGCAAUCAACAAAUUCUUGUUAACAAUUGUAAUAAAGAUCAUUUACAAAAUGAAGGAAGCAAUCAACAAAAUCGUGUGUAUAAUUUUAAUAAUGGACAUCUACAAAAUCUAGGAGACAAUCACCAAAAUCGUGUUUAUGGCUUUAAUAGUGGAUAUUUUCAAAAUCUAGGAAGCAAUCAACAAAAUAAUCGUGGCAAUAACUUUAAUGAUUUAUAUCUUCAAAAUAGAGGAAGCAAUCAAUAUGAAGCACUAAUGGGGAGACUUUAUAAAAAUAUAAAAGGUUUUAAAUAAUUAAUUUCUUCCUAAUUGCAUAAAUACUGACCUUCUGGUUUGGAAGUAUUUUGAAAAGUCGUGAUACUUCUAUAAUAAUUUUAUUAGUUCGUGGUGUAUGUUUGGUUUCCAUUAUCCCCACUCGCCAUUUGUUAUAAUUCUCGUCGAGUACCGUAUUCCUGCUCUAGUGAAAAUUUAGUAACUUUAUAGUAACUUUUAAUUUUAACAAGAAAGGCACUAAAGUUUUACUAGAGCAGGGUGCGGUAGUUCACGAGAAUUAUGACAAAUCGCGAGUGGAGACAAUGGAAAGCAACCUACAUUGGUUACAACAUACGACAUAAAUUAAUAAAAUUAUUAUAGAAUUGUCACGGCUUUUUAAAAU